AUGGACGACGACUCUGGCCCGACCUUCACCAUCAAGAAGCGCUCAAAGCCCCGCGCGUCCACCUCUUCGCUCCGCUCCUCCACCGCCCCCGAUCAACCCGCCCACCAGCCAGCCGCCGUCGACGACGACAACAACGACGACGACGGCAACGUCGCCGUCUUCCGAGCGAGGGGCAAGAAGACCCCGGCCGGCCGCGUCAAGGACCGCGAGGGUGCCGCGACCAAGGCUCGCGCCAGGGUCAGCUUCGGCGGCGACGACGACGACGACGCCGACUCGGAUGCCUCGCUCGUCAAGCGCUCGACCCCGACCAGCACCCCUCGUCGCCUCUUGCGCCCCACCCUGCCCGCCUCUUCCUCCUCGGCCUCGCUCGCCUCCCCGGCACCAGCAGCAGCUUCAGCACCGAUCGCGACCGCCGAGCCGAGCUCGGCCACCCGCUCGACCUACUCGAAGGAGUACCUCGACGAGCUCAAGCGCGGCCAGCUGAGCGCACCUCGCGCCGCCGUACCGGUCGACCCCGAUGGCGCACCCGGCUUUGACGACCUCACCAAGAGCAAGUUUGGCAACGAUCAGAUCGAGGACUCGACCAUCUUUCCCUCGUCCGACUCGAUCGCGCGCGCCAAGUCUCGCCGAGAAGAGAUGCGCAAGGCGGGCAUCUCGGCGCCUGCUCGAGGCGACGACGGCUUCGUCUCGCUCGAGGUCGGCUUCGCGCACAAGGGCGGCGACAGCAGGCUCGUCCGCGAGGAGGACGAGCUCGGCGACGGCGACGACGACAUGGCCGCCUUCACCGACUCGCUCUCGCGCCUCCCGCUCGGCAAGCGCGCCAACGCGGCCGCCGCACGCGCCCUGCGCGCCGAGAUGGGCGACAUGAUCGACGACGUCGAGAUGGACGUGCGCGACGACGAUGCCGAGAUGCGCGAGUGGGAGGAGGCGCAGAUCAAGAGGGGCGGCGAGGGGAGGAGGACGACGAGGGACGAGUCGGCGGCAAAGGGCAAGGGCAAGGGCCCGUACCGACCUGCUCCAAUCCCACAAUCCUCGACCCUCCCUUCCCUCGCCGCCGUCUCUGCCCGCCUGUCGGCCGCCAUCACGACGCUCACGUCGUCGCACACGCUCGACACGGGCGCGCUCGCCCACUUUGAGCAGGAGCGCGCCGACCUCGACAAGCAGGAGCGCGAGCUGCGCGACGAGGUCGAGCGCGUCGAGCGCAAGAGCCGCUGGUUCGACGAGUUCAAGGAGCAGGUCGAGGACUGGAGCGCGUUCCUCGACGAGAAGUUCCCGCAACUCGAGAAGAUCGAGGCCGAGUACCUCGCCAUCCAGCGCGAGCGGUACAACAUCGUCUCGCAGCGCCGUUACGCCGACGACGCCGACGACGUCGCCCUCUUCACGGGCGCCGCCAUCCCGUCGCUGUACCGCCCGCCGCCGCCGAGCGACGCGCCUCUUCCUCCUCCUGUCGACGACGCGCUCGCGCCCGACGCCGCCGAGUCGCCGGAGGACCUCGCCCCGCGCUCGCACGCCCGCAACGCGCGCCGACAAGCCCGCACGGCGCGGUACGGCGCCUCGUCGUCGGCGUACCCGGACGCGCUCGACUCGGCCGGCUACGCCUCGGACUCGUCGCUCUCGGCGGCGCACCAGUCGGACCUGUCGGUCGCCCUGUCGGCGCAGCAAGAGGCGCUCGCGGGCCUGUUUGCCGACGUCAGGGCGGCCGACUUCCGCGACCCCAACUUGGGCAUCCGGCGCCGGUUCGAGGAGUGGCGAGAGCGGUUCGGCGACGAGUACGAGAUGACGUUCGCCGGCCUCAGCUUGGUCCAGGUGUGGGAGUUCUGGGCCCGGGUCGAGAUGGCGUCGUGGAACCCGUUCGAGAUCGACGAGCUGCCGCGCACCGUGUCGGACCUGUCGGCCUACCAGUGGCACCAGAACCUGUCGUCGUACGGUCACCGCGAGCGCUCGGGCGGCGAGCAACCCGAGGACGACGACGAGGACGACGACAAGCCCGACGAGUCGGCCGAGGUCGUCAACGCGCUCGUCACGUCGGUCGUCAUCCCUCGACUCGAGAAGCUCGCGCGUGCAGCGUACGACCCGUACAGCAGCAGGCAGACGGUCGCGGCGCUGCGGGUCGUCGACGAGGUCAGCUACUGCGUCGAGACGAGCAGCCCCAAGUUCGAGUCCCUCAUCCACGCCUUCCUGUACCGCCUGCGCCUUUCGAUCGCCCAGCUCCAGCACCUCAUCCUCCCGCACCUCUCGGCCCUGUCGCUCCCCUCGCUCGCCUUCGACCCCUCGACGUUCGUCUCCCGCCAGCACGUCCUCCACCGCGCGCUCAAGCUCGUGCGCACGUGCGCGAGGUGGCGCAGAUUCAUGCGCGCCCUGCGCGUCCCGGCGCUCCCCGUCGAGGUCGAUGGUGGCGUGCUCGAGGUCGGUGCCGGUGCGACGUACGACGAGCUUGUGCAGCGGGAGCUCGUCGCGAGGACGGUGCUGCCUGUGCUCGAGGCGGCGUGGGCGACGGGCGGCGCCGAGGUGGCCAACAAGUUCAUCGAGGCGCUGCCGAAGGACAUCCCGCCUGCGCUGCGGAGGAGGCUCGAGGGCGAGGAGGCGGGCGUGCAUCGGUAGAGCGCGACUUGAGAAGGCCAAUCUCGAACUACGAUCUCGAACUCUCUCGAGCCGAAUCGUGCGUGCGAGAAGGGUGAUUGCAAUGACGAGGGUAUCGAACGGC